GAGAAGGCGAGGAGGAGACGGACUUGGGAAAACCAGCUCGUCCUAAACUCGAUAGCUGCGUUAGCCUUAAGGAUUAACGGCAGCCUUAGCAGUUAUUUCUAUCAUAUGAUAGUGUUUCCACUUGUUCGUUCAACUCGUUUCGACGGGGGAAGGCUGCUUGUCCCACUUUUGAAAGGGCUAGCAGAGCGGAGGGAGCCUCGUAAUCGGUUGUUUCCCUGCUGGAGCGGACGGGGCUCUGGUUGUGGCCGGGCAGCCCCGCUGGACUGUCGGACGAAACCGAGACUUCAACACGGAAUGUAACAACAGCAACGAUUUAAAUCCACAGUUUUCAUGUUAGGAGAGUGGAAAUGCCCAUUUCAACGGUGUUUUGACAUUGUAUACCAAUGCGACGGAGCUCACGGAGGAGAAGUUUGAUUGGAGAGCGGAGUGCGCUUGAUUUCCAGUCCGAUGGAUGUUAGCCCUGUCCGGCUGUGGCUCGGCUCUCUGCUCCGCUUUUCCGAAAAUAACAGGUUAAAAACCAACAGGCACAGGUGAACACGUCUGUUUAUAACAAUGCUGCAGACCUUGCAAGUACAUGACAGCCCUGGCUUGAAUGCCAACAAGUCCACCUCCAUUGCUUGUCUGUAAACCUGGAAAUUCCACCAACCAUCCACUCCUCUUCAUCCUUCUCCUCUUCCUCACCUCUUCUUUUUUUGGACUAGUGAGGCUUGCAUUACCUGGGAUAUUUUGGAUUUAGACUCGAUCCCGACAUUUUAAAGAUGUCCUUUUUGCAGAGACAGUGCUCCUUGGAGCAGCAAGACAUUUAAUUUGACUCAGUCGUUUUGAGAUUUUGGGGGUUUUUGGUUUUUUUAUUCUCUUUCUAGUCAGAGGAUCCGAUUCGGAUGGAAAAUGGGAGACGCCACCAAACUGGCCUUCGCCGUUUUCCUCAUCUCCUGCUCUUCAGGUGCCAUCCUCGGACGCUCGGAGACUCAGGAGUGCGUGUACUACAACUCCAGCUGGGAGAAGGAGCGCACCAACCGCAGUGGCAUCGAGCCCUGCUAUGGCGAGAAAGACAAGCGGCGGCACUGCUUCGCCACGUGGAAGAACGUCUCCGGCACCGUGGAGGUCGUCAAGCAAGGCUGCUGGCUGGACGACGUCAACUGCUACGACAGUAACGAGUGUGUGGAGAGGAAGGAGAGCCCCGAUGUUUUCUUCUGCUGCUGUGAAGGCAACAUGUGCAACGAGAGGUUCCUGUACACCCCUGAAGCGCCACCACAGAGCGACCCACACCAUUCAACUGCAUACACCACCUCCAACCCAUUUUCCCAGAAGCCCCAGCUCUUCAGCACUCUCCUGUACUCCCUGGUUCCCAUCAUAGGCCUGGCUGCCGUUGUCCUCUUCUCUUUCUGGAUGUGGAGACAUCACAAACUGGCCUACCCCGCCGCCCUCGUCCCCACACAUCACGCCUUUCACAUUAUGGUAGAGGAUCCCGGGCCCUCACCCCCGUCCCCCAUUUUGGGACAUAAACCACUGCAGCUGAUCGAGGUGAAAGCCAGGGGGCGCUUUGGAUGCGUGUGGAAGGCCCAGCUGCUGAAUGAAUAUGUGGCCGUGAAGAUCUUCCCGAUUCAGGACAAGUUGUCUUGGCAGAACGAGUAUGAGAUCUACAGCGUGAGCGGCAUGAAGCACGACAACAUCCUCCACUUCAUCGGCGUGGAGAAAAGGAACAACAACCUGGACCUGGAGUUGUGGCUAAUCACUGCCUACCAUGACAAGGGGUCGCUGACGGACUACCUGAAGGCCAACGUGGUGUCCUGGAACGAGCUCUGCCACAUUGCCCAGACAGCGGCCCGCGGCCUGGCCUACCUCCACGAAGACAUCCCAGGACACAAGGACGGACACAAACCCUCCAUCGCUCACAGGGACAUUAAGAGUAAGAAUGUGCUGUUGAAGAAUAACCUGACAGCCUGCGUAGCUGACUUUGGCCUUGCCCUGAAGUUUGAGGCUGGAAAGUCGGCAGGAGAUACACAUGGACAGGUGGGAACGCGGCGCUACAUGGCUCCCGAAGUCCUGGAGGGGGCCAUCAACUUCCAGCGCGACUCUUUCCUGCGCAUUGACAUGUACGCCUUCGGCCUCGUCCUGUGGGAGCUUGCGGCGCGGUGCACGGCCGCUGACGGCCCAGUGGAUGAGUACAUGCUCCCGUUUGAGGAGGAGGUGGGUCAGCAUCCGUCUCUGGAGGACAUGCAGGAAGUCGUUGUGCAUAAGAAACUGCGGCCCUGCCUGCGAGACUGCUGGCAGAAACACACGGGUCUGGCCAUGCUCUGCGAAACCAUCGAGGACUGCUGGGACCACGAGGCCGAGGCUCGCCUGUCCGCCGGCUGCGUUGAGGAGCGCAUCGGCCAAAUGCAGCGCCAAGCCCCCAUCAUCGGCCCUGAGGAGAUUGUCACUGUGGUCACCAUGGUGACCAAUGUGGACCUCCCACCCAAGGAGUCCAGCUUAUGAUCGGCCAAUCAGAUGACACCGAAUGAGCUUGCAGAAACACGGAUCAACACGAGGGGAUGAACAGCCGACCCUGGUUGGUUGGCGUAGUGUUUUUUUUUUUUUUUCUUUCUUUCUUCUUUACAUUUUCUGUUUUUGUUGGGUUUUUUGUUUUUUUUUGUUUUUUUGUUCCUUUAAGUGCAGGCCGCUACUCACGUUCAGGACACACCCUGCGCCCACCUCACCACAUCAGUUUAUAUCCACCUCAUUUUGAUAUGUGUGCCUAAGGAUUUUAACAUUUUAACGGUCAACACUCUCUCACCCCGAGCAAACGAUUCAGGAUAUUUACAACGACAAACGACGUCACUGAGUGACAGUGCUGACACGCUGGGACGACAACACUCAACACUUGGAUCAUGUCUUGUUUUUAUAUACAUACAUACACAUAGGAGGGCAACCUGUUCUGCUCGGUUUUCUACAGAGAGAGGAGAUCUUGCAGAGGAAUUUCACAGAACUCUCGGUGCAUUUUAGUGUAAAAAAGAAAAAAGAAAGAGAAAAAAAAAAGACAAGUACCCGGCUCUCGAUACAUUUGCUGUUUUCCUGUGUGCGUUUUUUUGAAGAAACGACUAUCGUUCUGCCAAUAAGCAACGGCUUCUGAAUGUUUAUAGUGUAAUGCUGCUGUACAUAGUGUAUUAUGGACCCAGACAACUUGGUAAUCAAGCUUAUUUUAAAGGGGUGAGGGGGAAGGGGGGAGGGGGGGGUCCAUUUUCAAGCAUUACAACGAUAAAAAACCAUAAACCUCCUUCAACCAGGUAUACCUCAGUUCAGAUGGACACAGUUUAAAUUAGUCCCUCUCCCUGUUCACAGUCAAAGCUCUCACUUUCCACAACCUUGGCUCUUCAUGACAUCCAAACAAUCUGCUGUCAGCCAUGACACUCAUGGGUAACGUAGUCAGCAAAGCCUCGAUAUACAUAUGGCCAUACACACCGUAAACUCCCUUUUUCCUCCCCUUUCUCAGUCUCACGUUUAGUUUUGCUCCACUUUGAUUUUUGACUGAAUAAUAACUUUUUCCUUCUGUUAGUUUGUUUUUUUUUUUUUUUUCUCUUUGAGAUUUUGUGCUGACAAUGGAAAAAAAAAACCCCAUAAUGAAGUUAUCGUUUAAAGUGAUUUUUUCCGUUUUGGUUUGCCGUGUCAACUGUCAACGGAGUAAUGAUAUCUAUCGCUGACAAGUCUAAUUUUGGCCGUGAGAUCUGGAUACACACUAUAUGUAUUUAUAUCUCUCUGGAUUAGCGCUGGGUACCAACCAAUGAUACCUUUGAUAUUUGGUACCAGUACCAAAUCAGAAGGUAUUAAAAUGCUUCAGGAUGGUCAGACACUUGGAGCUUAUUCUUCUUGUUCUUUUCAUUUUGUGAAAUCAGUUGUGUGCAGUCUGAUUCUAUUUAGAAAAAACAGAUUAACAAAAUAAAUCAUCCAAUGUGUUUAAUUUUGGAAAGGUAUCAGAUUUGAAGUGCAGUUUGGAGGAAGUUUCCAGGGGUACCCAGCCCUACUUUGGAAUUGUACCUGUAUUUAGCUGAGCCAGCUUGCUUUUGAUUUGAUUGCACACAUCUUUUUCUGGAUUACUAUCAAGAGUUUCUGCUCUCUUUUGAUACACCUCAGGAAUCUUUGCUACUCACCACCUCGUCACAUCCUCCACCUCUUCCCAUCCUCAUCCUCACCUGUUUUGGACUGGAGUACUUCCUCUCUCGCUGAUUCUUAUGCCUCCUCUGUCACCUUCUUGCCUCGUCUCUACUUGUAAGGGUUUAGCCGUGCUGUCGUACUCAAAACCAGUCUCUGCUGACAUUCGGACAAGUUCAAAUUUAAUCUUACCACUAAUCAGACAGUUAAAUUGUAUAUUUUCCUCUGAUACGUCUCUAGAACCUCACUGAAUCUUACCCGUUCCUAUACGUUUUUUGGUUAGUCCUAAAUCCAAAGAACCGCCCCUGUGGAGCUAAACAUCUGGUCUGGACUUAACCCUGAGAACUAAUUACUUCAACUCUUUUAUUAGGUCAAAUGCUGCGCAAACAUUAACCCCCAUACACCUUAGUUGUUGCCCCAUGUGUUCACCAUCUCCAUAAGCAAGCCAAAUAAGGUCUAACUCUGACUCUGGUCAACUAGUUAACCAAUCUUUCUCCUGUUUUCAGUGUUAACACCAACCCUUUUGAGAUUUGUUAUUGUUUUUUUGUUUUUUUUAAGAAGAAAGAUGAAUGGUGGACAUCUGGGGUCAUUUGUUUCCCUGAAGGUCUUGAGAAACUGAUCGGACCUCUAGACAUUUAGACUCUAGGAUUUAGACACGAACUGUUAACAGAUUCAACAGUUUUCACAAAAUAUGCAUGUGAUCAAAAAAAAAAAAAAAAAAAGAUGAACUGCUAGUUAGGUGCAGUUUUAUGUUCCUCACGCAGCGCUGACAUUAAUGGUAUUGAAAUCCUGCUGACUCUAACCAAACAAUCGUACGGCUAACCACAGUUAGACGAGGAACCUCUCUUUCUCUCUUUCAUCCUGGUGCCAUUUCUACGUAUCCAUAUUAGUUACUCUUGUAGAUGUCAGGCAAAACGGAUGUAUCUGUCAUUGUUGUGAAGGUAGCAAUGACAUUUUUGAGUCUUUAUUUCCUCUGAGGGACAUUGAACACUGGUGCCGGCAGACCUGCAGUCUCUCCUCAAGGUUUGGGACGGUUGCACAGCGUGCUGUUUAAAAUCAAGUGGUGCGACUGGAAAUGUAUUUUAGAACAUGAAGAAACUUCUUUCUACCAAACCAUUUCCCAUUCAGGACAGUACAUAAUUAUUAAGCUUUCUUUACAACAUGUUUAAAGAAAACACUGAACUAUAGUGCUUGAGGAAGUAAAGAGCCAAGUUAAAACGUAAAACACUUAAAAGUAGAGUAUUUAGCAGAGCACAUACCUCUGCUGAGGCGAAAUGUUGACGAAAAUGUCAAAAAAAUCUUGCCAUGUUGAAGAGAGUGAGAAAGACAAUGACUGGAUCCGCCUUUUUAACUGGAUCAGCGCUGAAAUGUUGAAAUGUAAUGGGUUCUUCCCUGGUCCAUCCUUCCACCAAGAUUGGUGCAGAUCAGUUCUGUACGUUCUGUGGAGGUAAUGAAAUUUAUCAGUGAUCAUUUAUAAUUUAUAAUUUAUUUAUGUUUGUUUUGAGCACUUAGAUGUACCCCAUCCAUGCUGUGAUCCAUGCUGUGUUUAUGUCAGUUUUGUAACAACUGAUUCUUUGGUCAUUUCUCUAAAAUACAGACUUUACAAGGCCAAACUAGCUUCAUAUUAACAGUUGUCCGGCCAUUUUCCACCAAAAAGCCUAGAAACAAGAAGAAAUAAGCACCAACUCUAAAAGUUCUUUGAGAGUAUUUGAUACUGCUCCAGCUCUAAAACGGUGACCUUUUGGUAAAUCAGGAGGAUGUGACACAAGUACAACAAGCUUGGGAUAUUAUUUCAGCAUGAUAAUAUAAGACUAUUGCAACAACACAGCAAACCUUGAAGGAAGUCGAAGCCAUCAUCUCCUUAUUUACUUACUGUAGCACGAGUACGAUAUUUGCAUCAAUAUCGCUUCGUUUUGCUGCUGCUGUUUUUCAAUUAACUGCUAUUCAAAAACAGCCAAUAUCUAAGGUCCUUAUGAGGCUUGAACAGUCAGGGACGAUCAGUACUGCAAACCCCAGCAGCCCCUCAAUAAGUACUACCUCACUCACAGGGAUUUCUUUGGGGUAGAAAGUAUCGCAAAUAAACCAAAAUCUCAACCAGGUUCCUCCAGUAGAAAAGGGACUCAGAUUCCCGAGUUCGUGAAUUGGGGUAAAGUUCCAGUUUCUUAUAAGUUUGAGACAAGCAAAUUAAGGCUAAAAAGUUUCCUCAGUUUUACUGUGAUGUAUUAUCUCACUCUGUGAAAGUUGUACAGUACUGCACAAGGCAGAACAAUAAGCAGAAGGCUUCUCAUCGAAAAGGAAAAAGAUCCUUGACAUCUCGACAUCUAACAUCUCAAGGAAAAACACCAGUAUUACCCUUUCUCCCCCCAUGUUUGUGUCCUCAAAUGCAAAACUUACUCACCAGUAUUUUAGCAAGUAGAUUUUGAAAACAACCUCCAAAUGUUGGCUGGUUACCUGCCAAAGUGGCUGGUGGAGUCGACGAACCUAUCAGCCACAGCAAAAAAAAAAACAAAAAAAAACCUGCCAGCGUUUGGUUGGCAGUCACAUCCUAGUACUGUAUGUAGAUGGUUGAAGAUGUUUGACAGCUUGAGUUUGAACUGCGCCUGAGAAACCGUCCCAAACCAACAAAUACCAUUCAGGGAUUCAGUACUAUGCUUUUCUAAGUUCUAGCGAGUUAUAUGCAACCAGUGCCGCAAACUACCCUACACUUCUGUAGGAUCAACUGCAGGAGUGACUUUCAAUAUACACACACACAAAUAACUUGUAGCAUUUUAAUUUUUUUUUUAAUCCGUGACCUUGCAUAUUGAUAUGUUGUAUUUAUUUUUUAAUUUACAGGCCUGAGGUUAUGGGGAUCAGAGCUCAGGUGCUACUCAGAAUAAAGUUGUAAGAGUUGGCACGAUUUAUGGUUGUUGUUGGGGGGUUGCGGGUGGGUGUUUGGUUGUAAUUCAGGAAAUACUUUCAUUAAUUCAAAAAGAAAAGAUAUAAACUGUAACAUGCUUCUUUCUAUUCAGUCUAUGGACAAACGACCGAGAAUGAAUGUUCUUCAGACUCCUGGAUUCCAGUAUUGUGUGUACUUUGAUGGAUUGAGCCCGGCCCUGUGUAACUUUAGAGGGCUUUGCGUUUGGCUGGUUUCGUGUGAUUGUGCCCUGUCGCUGUAGAAACUAGUAAAACCGACGCACUCAGAGAUCCAUUCAUACACCUCUUGUUUGUACAGCUCCCUGCUGAUGUGAAGCAAUACCUGCUCUAUGGGCAGUGAACUAGCAGUCAGACCACACAGUGCAACCAGAGAGAAAAGAAACCAACAGUAAAGCAAAUUUUGUAAAGCUCCCAAGAAGGAUCGAACCUUUUUAUAGUUUUAUUGUACCCAAAAACCUCUGCUUCUGGCCUUCACAUUUCUGUGGCCCGUCUUCAAAUCACUACAUUUCCACAAUAACACUUUUCAUAGGCUCCUUAAACUUAAAAAUAUUCAGUCUGUCUCUUCGUCUGCUCCUGCACCAAGAUAUCAACAUCUCAAACACUUGGUUAAGGCAAUUUGAGUCUGUCUUGUUUUCCAUUUCGUCUCAUCAGUCACAGAUGAGUUUCAUCUCUUUGGUUUCCCCUCAGGUCUUGACUGUCUUAACAAACCUGUUCUGACUCUCUAAAUCUGAACUUUGUCAUUUAAAGGUGUAUGAAUGGGUUACUCAGCGUGCUGGCUUUACGUUUUUCUGUGUCGACCUCCUCCAGCCCAGCACCUCACAUUGCUGUGCAUAUUAACUACCAGUGAAACAUUUGUGUCUUGUUGCCCCCACUAUUUUAAGCAGUCUAGGAUCUGUACAGACAUGAGAACAUAAAUACCUGUAUCAACUAUAUACUCUGAGCUGAAUCUUUAUAAGUGCGUGUUGAACUUCAGUGUUUCCUCUACAUUCAUGUAUACUUUUCUUAUGUUAUGACUCAGCAGCAGGGGUCUGGCCCCGGCUGCGUAAAAAUUGUCCUUCACUAUGCGAAAAAAAAACAAACUUAAAGUUGAGCUUUGCGUAAGCUAAAAGCUAGAGGCUCAUUGGUUACUUAAAGAAAGAAAUAAAGCACUUAAGGGUUCAUAGGCAGAAAAAAAAUGUAAUGAAUGAAAACGUUCAGCCCAGCCCAACCUGUUUGGGUCCCCUACUGGUUGCAUUUUGAAGAACCCCUUAAGCUCUUGAAGAGCAGUUGCAAUACUCCAUAUGUGAUAAUACAAUCAUCCACCACAGGUAUUUCUUUCCAGCAUCUCAAUCUCCUGCUUUUCCCACUGUUGGUAAGAAUUUUAGAGGAAACAUUGAACUCCAAUGACCUCGCCGCCAAGACGAGCCCUGGCAGAAAGAUAAGUCCGGUUGCCAGGCCUGAAAUUUCUACAAAAAAACAAACAAAAACACUACAAGCAUUUUUGACCCCCACAUUUCUCGAGGCUCCCGAGUUGCAUUGCUGAUCCAGGAUCUGCCAACGCAGCCUCUAUUGGUAAUGAUGCCCAGAGGGUUUCUGGUUUUUUGGGGGAUUGUGUAAUAAAAAAAAAACAUCUCUAAAAUGAUGAAAAUGUCUUGUUUCCUUACUCCUGAUACAUGUGACUGUACGUUUUAUGUUACUGACAAAAAUGUGAAAAAAGGAUGGAGAAACUGAGGCCUGGAAUUUAAAACUGGAAAAUGGGCAGGAAGUACCAGCUCCAGGGCUCUCACCCUGAUUUUCUGACCUUUGACCUCCCAGUGAAGGGACGAGGGAGGUUUAGAGAAAAGAGAAUUCCCUUUGCAAAGUAUUAUAACAGGAAAAUCUUCAGAAACCCUGGGUACAUUAUCAGAGAGGCAAAAUUGGUUCCUGAUCAGCGCUGUGACUCACGGCUAAUGUUAGCCGGCCAUGGUUUUUAGCAGCUGAAGAGAUCCACGUGAUGUAAAUAAAUGUGUUUUUAGAUUGUGAA